AUGGCCAGUUGCCAGCUUUCUGAGGAAGCGGUCAAUCGAUCCAAGAGAAGCUAUUACGGCGGAUACGAUAUGUACGGGUGAGUCGGUGCGGAGAACUUGGGGAGCUGGUUACUGUAGCGGUUGUUGUUGUUGCAGCGACGACUUCUGGUACGCCGGCAGAAUCAUCGGAAUCAUCGUCGGCAUCUGUCUCCUCCUCUUCUGCUGCUGCCUUCCGUGCGUCUGCAUCGCCGGAAUCUGGUUCGCCGGAUGGUUCGGACUGCGUCAGAGGAACACUCAGAAGACGACGCAGCAAGGUAAUCUCAGAGGCGUUCACUCGACGGGCGACAGUUCCCAUUUCAGUUUAGCUCCUCCCGUGGUCGUCCAGGCUCCGCCUCCUCCAGCUCCGAUCCCUAUUAACUAUAAUAUUCCUGGCAACGCUAACUAUAUCCCGAAUACUCAUCAACCACGUCAAAUCCGCGUGGAAUCAUCGCCCAGAGAUUCCGAGACUUCUCGUGUUAUGCUGCCCGGCGAUCAGGUUAUUUUCUCAGCGGAAGACCGAUACUACACCUCCUCGACCGCCCCGGCUCCCGCUCACCGCCCUGACGCCUACAACGUCUCGAGAUAUUAG